AUGGCAAAGGGCUUUGUGCUAAACAGACUUCACCAGGCCACAAUCAACCGAUCCGUCUCACGGUAUGAGACCACCGCCGUAUACACUCACCCUGACGCCAAGGUCGACAUUGUCCUCGUGCACGGCUUGAAUGGCUGCCCCGACAAGACGUGGACGUCCAAAGACGGAGUCUUCUGGCCCGUGGACCUGCUGCCGGCGUCGCUCAAGGGCCUGCAAGCCAACAUCCUGGUGUACGGGUACAACGCCGACGUCUACUCUCGGCGCAACGACCGCAGCGCGAGCGACAACUUUAUCCACCAGCACGCACAGACCCUCGUGACGAGCCUGACACUGUUUCGCAAGAGCGAGGGCACCUUCAAGAACCCCAUCAUCUGGGUUGCGCACAGCCUGGGCGGCAUCUUGGUGAAGCGCGCUCUGCUUUACUCCAACGACGUGCGAAGCUCCCACCACGAGGAUUAUCGGUCCAUCUACGUGUCGACGUUUGGUCUCAUGUUUCUCGGCACGCCUCACACGGGGUCCGACAUGGCAACAUGGGGGCUCGUACUACAGGGCAUGUCCGACGCCAUCAUGCCCAAGAAGUUCUUUGAGUCCGAGUCGGUGCUGCUAAAGACCCUCAAGAAGGAUAACGAGACGCUGUCCAACAUCAACAACCACUUCUUGGACAUUUACCAGCGCUUCAGGAUCCACAUGGCACACGAGAACCACAAGACGGACAUUAAGGGCACCAAGAUGCUCGUCGUAGAUGCCAACUCGGCCAGCCCGCAGCUCCCCGGCGUCACGUACUACGGCGUCGAGGCGACGCACGCCCAGAUGUGCAAGUUUUCGAGCGCCAACGCCCCUGGCUACCGCGCGCUGUCGACAGACAUCAGGCAGUGGGUCAUGGACGCGCCGGCGCUCAUCGACGUGCGGUGGCAGGUGGAGGAGCAGGAGCGCGCGACGCGCAUGAGGCACGAGAUCCACGAGAGGAUGUCCCCAUUUGUGAGUCAGCUCAUGGCUGCGGCUGGUGCUGCUGACGCCGGGCGCUGUCCUUCGCCCAUCACCCUCGGCCCCGGCGGCAUGCAGUACCAGCACCAGCACCCGCACCCGUUUGCCGGUCAGAUCCAGAUUCUGAUAGGGUGA